GAAAAUAAAAACCCUACCCUUAUCCUACCACACGUAUUCACUGUCACUCUCACUGCCUCCACUCCACCCACUCACAGCCUCCACUCCACACGAAUCUGCCUCUGUUGCCGCCUCCACAUGCCGCCCUUCACACGCGGCUUGAUCUUUUCAUUCUCACGUGUUAGUAACCUCAUCUAUUCAAGUUUUUGAGAGAGAAAGAAAGAGAGUAGAAAAAAGUUUUAGGAAAGUGGAUUUGAUCUACACGAGUAAGAAGAUAGGCUACAUAUAUGGCAGAGGCAGCGAUAUCCGCUCUUACUGAGAAGCUCAUUUCCUUGUUGAGCGAAGAAGCAACACUGUUACGAGACAUCCAUGAAGAAGUAGCUGACAUCAAAGAUGAACUGGAGAGCAUUCAGUCCUUCCUUAAGGAUGCAGAUGCAAGGGCCGCAGCAGAGGAGGACAUGAGCGAGGGCGUCAAAACCUCCAUAAAUCUGCUCGCUUCAUUUCAAUGUUAAAACCUCGCCACGAAACAGCCACUAAGAUUCAGAAGAUCAAAGCAUCAGUGGAGAAAAUCAAGGCAAGAAGUGAAAGAUACGACUUCCAAUCCACUGGUCAAGGAUCAAGCAGUGGUCCUCGGAAUGUUAGGUGGCAGGACCCUCGAAUGGCUUCUCUUUUUCUUGAAGAUGUUGAUGUUGUGGGCAUUGAAUCUCCUAAAGAUGAAUUAAUCGGUUGGCUCAUAGAAGAACACUCUUACCGUACUGUAGUUUCGGUGGUGGGAAUGGGGGGACUGGGCAAGACCACUCUUGCCAAGAAAGUCUAUGAUCACCAUAUGAUGAGAGAACACUUUGAUUGUCAUGCUUGGAUCUCAGUGUCUCAGUCAUACAACAUGAUGGAUCUAGUAAGGAGCAUGGUAAAGCAAUUUUGCGAGGCAAGAAAGGAAUUUCCUCCUGAGGGAAUUGACUCAGCAGACAAGAUGUCACUAAUUAGCAAAGCAAGAGAAUAUUUACAAGAAAAAAGGUAUGUAGUUGUAUUUGACGAUGUUUGGGAAGUUGAUUUUUGGGGGGAGAUAGAACAUGCUUUACCUGUUAAUACAAAAGUUCCAAGGAUUUUGAUCACAACACGGAAGUUGGAUGUUGCUAAUUUUUGCAAAAAAUCUACACGUGUUAAAGUUCACAACUUGCAACCACUACUACCUAAUAAGGCAUGGGAGCUAUUUUGCAAAAGGGCGUUCCAAUUUGAACUUGGAGGACACUGUCCCCCAAUGUUGGAGAAAUUAUCUCAUGACAUUCUUGAGAAGUGUGAAGGAUUACCGCUUGCCAUUGUUGCUAUAGGCGGUCUUUUGUCAACCAAGGAAAAAAACUCUCUUUGAAUGGCAAAAAUUGCAUGAUAGCCUUGGCUUUGAGUUAGGAAUAAAUCCUCACCUUGCAGGUGUUAGUAAAAUUCUAUCCCUAAGUUUUGAAGA